AAGGGGCAGGGCCCGGCGCAGGCUCUGCCCCCUCGGCCCCAAGCGGCUGCGGCGUGAGGUUACCCGCAUGCUGCAGCUGGUGAGCCGACCUCUGUCUUGCAUCCGUGUUGCAGGCCGCUUGCCUUCGCGCUCCCUUAUGAAUCUCGGGGAACUCGUUUCUGCCCUGAAUGACUUUGCUUCCCUCUCCCUGGCUGAAAGCUGGGACAAUGUGGGGUUGCUGGUGGAACCAAGCCCACCGCACACUGUCAAGACCCUGUUCCUCACUAACGACCUCACUGAGGAGGUAAUGGAGGAGGCAGUGCAGAAGAAAGCAGACCUUAUUCUUUCUUACCACCCCCCUAUAUUCAUGCCGCUCAAGCGAGUAACAUGGAAGACCUGGAAGGAACGGCUGGUGGUCCGAGCUCUGGAGCACAGAAUCGGGAUUUACUCCCCACACACGGCAUAUGAUGCCAUACCUCAUGGCGUCAAUAACUGGCUAACAAAGGGACUUGGUGCCUGUAAUUCCAUCCCACUGCACCCAUCAACCUCUCCAAGCUAUCCAACUGAAGGCACUCACCGAGUAGAAUUCUGUGCGGACACCGCUGAACAUCUAGAGACAGUGCUCUCCAAAAUCAAAGACGUCCAGGAGAUCUUCUGUCUCACUACUUUCCCUGUCAGGGUUGAAGGUAAGGAGCAAACACGAGUCAGUCUGAACUGCUCUCAGAAAGCACUGCUGGAGGUGGUGGCAUUAUUGUCCCAGAACAGCCUUCUUCAUCACAAGACUGAGAUUCUCAUAUUACAAAAGCCUCUUCUUCCACAUACUGGAAUGGGACGUCUAUGCACACUGAGUAAACCAGCCUCCUUGUCAGACAUUAUCAAGCGUAUCAAAAGUCACCUAAAAUUACCCCACAUCCGCCUAGCCCUGGGAACAGGCAAGACACUAGAUUCACCAGUGAAGAAAGCUGCUCUGUGUGCUGGUUCUGGGAGCAGCGUCCUGAAGGGAACGGAAGCUGACCUCUACCUCACAGGAGAGAUGUCCCACCAUGAUAUUCUGGAUGCAGUUGCCAACGGAAUAAGUGUUAUUCUGUGUGAACACAGUAACACCGAGAGAGGCUUUUUGUCAGAGCUGGGUGACAUGCUAACUAUCCACCUACAGAACAAAAUCAACAUAAUUUUGUCUGAGAAGGACAGAGAUCCCCUCCAGGUGGCAUAAAAAGAAAAGGAAAAGAAGAAAAAAAGGGGUGAGAACACAAUCAAGAGUUUCAUACUAUUUUGCACAGACCUGUCCAAACGCAAGCUUAAUGAAGAUGCUCUGAAUUGGUUCAGUAUAGGAUUGUAUUAUAAGUUCCCCCAAAGUCUGGGAUAUAUGUUAUGUCAGAUACCUAAUAAAUGCUUGUUUCUAGCUACUCAAAUAUGAUUUACUCAAUUACUGGGUUGCACUUGAAUAAAGUUACUGUUACUACAUACUCUUAUUAAAUAUAUUUGAUAACCACACCACUCAAGGGUUGGUUUGGGUAGAAUAUGAAAACCUGACUUUUCAGUUUCAUCCUACUGUGGUUAUGUCAGUACAAGUCACUGGCAUUUUAGCUAGUAAAGCUCUUGAUAAUAGUUAAUGAAAGGGUAUGGAUCACUAGUUUGCAUUAACAGUUUUAUUAAGACACAGCUCAUAUGCAAAUACAGAGCAGAAUUCAGGCAUUUGAUACUAGUAUUCAAUUGCAAAAUCUACCGUUAAUGCAGCUUUAAGGCUCUUUAACAGAGGAACCCUCAAUUAAAAAACCUUUGGAAGUUUUUUAAUAAGCUAUAACUCCCUUAUUAAUGUUGUAAUUAAUUUAAUGUACUUUUUUUUUUUUUUUUUUAAUAAAAACAGCUUCUAUACAUAUGGCUCUUAAUUACAGGAUUACUAAAAGUGAACAAGUAGCAUUUCCACCAUCAGUAACCUCUUGGGAGUUUGGAUUGUGGUUUUUUUUGCCUUUUUUUUGUGUAUUUUCUUUUUUGAAAGAAAAAUCUACCAUUUGAAUAUCUUACCAACUCUGGAUUAUGUGCAUACCAGCAGAAUAUUUAAACAAACUGAAAAUACUUCCAUCCCAAGUUUGUAAAGAUUUCUUUACAAACUACAUCUUUUUAAGUUGAAUAAAUAAAAUGGGCUUAUUUGGCAAUGUCUUUACUGUGCUGCACACAGCAACUCAAUGCAUUGGAGUCCUGUACAACCCUAGGGCUUUGAAGACCACAUGAAGACUAAAAUCAUGGAAAAAAUCUGGGAAAUAUUUCCCCAUAACUUAGACAUCUCCCUCUUUCAGCUAAGAAGGUAACUGAGGACUAUGCUCUUCCUUAGUAGAGCACUACUAGAAGUGCCCAAGAGAAAUGUCAAGAAGCUGCUCUGUUAUUCAGACUUUCCCAGUGGUCCUAGACACUGGCUCCAGAACACUGAUGUGAUGUUGUGAUCAGAGGCUUUCUGCCACAUUGUGUAUUUUAAUACAAUGUAACAUCACCAUUAAAGCAUUUUAAGCCCCCUCUGU